GUUUAUUUUUAUAGAUCUGUUGUGAACAGAUAUAAUAUUGGAGCCGGUGAGGCGCCGCUGCCACAGCCGCAGUCGCCCGAGGAGUUGGCGGCCCUGCCGCCGCCCACCACGCCCACCUCCUCGGCCGGCGCCCACGACGACGAGCGCAUGUCCUCCUCCGUCGCCUCCGCCGCCUCCGAACAAAAAAACCGUUUCCUUUCAAUAUUACGCUUUUUCGUAAGUGGACUAUGCAACUUCCUUGAACCUGUGCCUUUCAGUGUGUGUUUCCUAGUGGUGAGUAAAGUUAAUUUUCUAAAAAGUGUUCUUUGGACAAAGACUGGAAAUGGCUACUGGAUAUUACAUAUUGAAGUUGAACUGCAAUUAUUUGAGUACGAGACUGCGAGUUGUUAUUACUGGAUGUUUUGGGGGAUGUACAAAAGCUGUCCUGUUCUCUUGCAGAUAAUAACUCAAAACUACGGAAUGAUAAAUAUUUUAGCAGUCUACUUCCACAGAUGUGUAUUUUAG